UGCUAACACUACGUUCGUCGAUCGUGGACUAUCCAAAAUUAUUAGAAUUACCACAGAAAAUAGAAUUUUUCAUGGCCAACUUGUCGAAAAUCGCUUAAUCCGGGAGGAUGGAGGAAAAGGCUGAGCUUUUAACAUGCAUCGAGGAAAAAAUAGAGAGUGGCAAAGCCACGAUAGACAGGCUGAAACUUGUGGGAAAGAUUGACGGGAUUGAAAAACUUAUACGAAAAAUUCAACAAGAAAUUAAGUUUUUAGAAAAGGUACAAUCUACAGGGAAUGUAAAGAAAGAACAUCUACAGAGUACAAAUUUGAUUCAUUUGAACGCAAUUGUAGCACGACUCUUCUGUGCUAAUGAACCUACCAAUGUUAUGAAACCCUUUAAGUAUCAGAAGUCACGCUUAGAGGUAGAUAUUGUAUGCAACGGUGGUGCGUCAUGGAUAAAAGUUAUUGCUAGAAAUGCUAGAGCUCUCACUAUGAUUUCAAUGGGUAAUGGAGAAUACGGGCAAAAGUCUGUGCUUGACCAAGCAAUGAGUUACUUGCGAUGCGCAAAGUGCUAUCCACAUUUGUAUAGGCCACCCGAUAUCGUAUUCCACUUUGCUUAUGGUAUAGAAAUUCCAUUAGCUACACGUUUGGAACGCAUGGGAAUAAUCGUUGAAGGGGAUAAAAUGCAGUGUGAAGAUGUAAAAAAUAUAGAUGUACAUGAUAGCGAGGACAGAUUUUCCACAUGGAUGUAUUCGUUAGAAUCUACCGAGGAGCCCUUGGAUGAAUAUAAAAAGAACAUAGAUUCAGAUUUAGAUACGUUAAAUACAUCUUUCCUUAAAACUGAAAUAAAUGUUCUCAACUUGGAUGUGUCAACUUUAUUAGCGUACGUGACAAACAUGACCAAUGGAUACGAUCGUUUUAUUUAUCGGGAACCUUUACUCACGCAACAAGCAGAAAUGGAGAGAGAACGUCCAGUGAAACCUAUUUUAGAGGAUUUGUUUAAAGGAAAGAAACUAAUUGUCUGUCAAACUGCUUAUGAAAAUUUUAUGAACAUUAUAGAUGUUAUCGGUGGACCCAAAGAGACUCUUAGGGCAAAAGAACUACUUAGUAAAGUUCAGAUUGUUAAGGAUAUACCAACAGGCAGAAUAAUGGAGAAGCUUAAUUUGGGUGGUAAAAUUAAAGAUAGAUCUAGAUUAGUUUUUGCAACAGGCGAAGAUAUGAAAAGCAUUACAGUAUCUGCGAAUGAGGGAUUUGUUAGAGCAGCACGUAUGCAGGGAAUUGAAUGUACAGUCUUUCUGCAUGAACCUAGAUCUCUCUCAGAGAUUAAAGAAGGUUAUGCAACAAAAAUAGAUCCGUCUUGAUACCAGUCAAAUGCAUUUUAGGUUAUUACAAAAGAAAUAUUCACGCUAUACAAGAAAUAUUUCUAUUGUUUACUAUCAAAUGCUAUUACUAGAUCAGGCUUGAUAAUUAACGCGCAUGUCCAUACUUUCUUCAAAUUCUGUGAAAAAAAAAAGAAAAGAAAGG